AUGUCUGAUGUCAAAGUAAAGAAGGACAUUGAAGUGCUUAAAUAUAAAAGGGACAAUAUUGUCCAAAAGAUUGAAUACCUUUAUUCUAAAGCUAAUGCUCUUACAAUCAAUGCAGAACCAGAUGACGUGUCAGAAUUUAAAGUUCGCUGUGAAAGGCUACAGGCUCAUCAUGACAGCUUCGAACGUUACCAAACUGACAUAGCUAAAUCUUAUGUCCAACUGAAAGAAACUAGUGAAAACAAUCCUUCAGCUGCAAAGCCUGACAACACUCCAUCAUCUGAUCGUAAUGAAGAUAUUAAGGAAAUGUCAUCUCUGCCACAGCCUACUUCCGCGCUAACAUCGCUACGCACGCUACGUCAGCUUGCCUCUGAACGUUCUGAACAAUACCCAUUGGCAAGUGAUGUCGUCCUGAACUCCACGUUCGUAGAUGAUAUUCUCACUGGAGGGGACUCCCUAGAGAAAACAAAAAAGGUUAAAACUGAACUUAUUAGCCUUUUAGAAUCAGGCGGGUUCCAAUUGCGGAAAUGGUCCAGUAACUCUCAGGAACUUUUGCAGGAUGUUCCAUCCCAUCACCAGGAACUGAUUUUUCGUGAUGACAAGUUGGAAAACCCCUCUAUAAAGGUGUUAGGCCUAAAAUGGAAUCCUAUUUCUGAUGUGUUUUCCUACGAGGUACAUGUAGAACAGUUACCCACAACGAAGCGAAGUCUGCUAUCUCAAGUAUCAAAAGUUUAUGAUCCUCUUGGUCUAAUCAAUCCUGUGGUAUUAUGGGCUAAAUGUUUAAUUCAGAAGAUUUGGACAUUAGGCCUAGAUUGGGACCAGACCCUUCCAACUGAUAUUAUUAAUCAAUCUGUCAAGUACUUUGAAAACCUCCCACAGCUCAGCCGACUCAAUAUUCCCCGACCAGUUCUGUCACCAGGAAAUAACGAAGCUCAACUCCACGGAUUCUCUGAUGCCUCAGAAGUAGGCUACGGCUGUGCCGUCUACCUUCGCAUCGUUGACAGUAAUGGCCAAGUUCAUUCAAACUUGAUAAUGGCUAAAUCUAAGGUUGCGCCUUUAAAGAAAUUAUCAAUUCCCCGCUUAGAACUGUGCGGUGCAGCUUUAUUAAGCAAAACUAUGAUCUACUGUCACGACAUAUUCAACUUUAAACUUGGAAUAAUUCCUGCGUUUGCCUGGACUGAUUCAGUUGUAGUUCUUCAUUGGAUUCGCUCUCCUCCACAUCAGUUAAAGACAUUUGUUGCUAAUCGUGUAGCAGAAAUCCAGUCUCUCAUCGUACCUGCGAAGUGGCGACAUACUCCAACAUCUUCAAAUCCUGCGGACUACGCUUCAAGAGGACUGCUUCCUAAUGAGAUUUUGGACACUUCCUUAUGGUGGCAAGGACCGGACUGGCUACAAGAAGACCCAUCUUCAUGGCCUACUCAACCGUUACCUGCAUUAUCUUCAGAAGAGUCUUUACUCGAGUUUCGACCUAAUACGUCAUCUGUAUUAGUCGCUGCUAAACAACCUACAAAUCAUAUUAUUGAAUUGAUUGAAGAUAGCUCUGAUUUUAGAAAGCUACAGUCAUGUUUUGGAUGGGUUUUACGAUUUAUAAAUAACUGUCAGAAGAGUAAAGAAAAAACUUUCCUAACCUAUCUUUCAGCGGCAGAACGCACAGCCUCUCUUAAUUCACUAGUGAAAACCACACAGUCUCAUAACUUUCAAGAUCAAAUCAAGAAGAUUUAUUCACAAAAAACUAGUCCUAUGUUUCAGCGGCUAGAUCCAUUUCUUGAUUCUAAUGGAAUUCUAAGAGUAGGUGGUCGUUUGAAGAAUGCUCAGCUAGGCUAUGAUGCCAAACAUCCCAUGCUGCUUCCGAAAAACUCACCUUUGACGCAUCUCCUCAUUGAUAACUUUCAUGUAAAGUAUCUGCAUAUUGGUCCAAGGACUCUCCAGUCACUUCUCUCCAGAGAGUUUUGGAUAAUUUCUGCCCGACAUGUAAUCAGGCAUCGCAUAUCUAAGUGCCUUGUUUGUACUAAGUUUAAGGCUAAUUCACCUCAUCCAUACAUGGGCAAUUUGCCGGAAUCACGACUCAAACCAAUACGGCCUUUUCUUAAUGUAGGCGUGGACUUUGGUGGGCCAUUCAUGACAAAAACAGAUAGGCUACGCAAACCUCAAAUAUUGAAGAGUUACGUCUGUUUGUUCGUCUGCUUCAGCACGAAAGCUAUUCACCUUGAGCUGGUAUCAUCACUCUCCACUGAAGCCUUUUUGGCAUGUCUAGAUAGAUUUGUGUCACGUAGAGGUCUCUGUGCAAACAUCUACUCGGACCAAGGAACAAACUUCGUUGGAGCCGACAGGGAACUUCAAGAUCUUUGUAACUUACUCUACAAGCCUCCCUCAUCUGACGUGAUUCAGUCAAAGGUUGCUAACCUUGGCAUUAGUUGGCACUUUAAUCCACCCGCAGCCCCUCACUUUGGUGGCUUAUGGGAAAGCGGAAUCAAAUCCACCAAGUACCAUCUUAAGAGGGUUAUUGGAAAUCAAAUUUAUACUUUCGAAGAGUUUUCAACCCUUCUAACCAAAAUCGAAGCGAUUCUCAACUCAAGGCCACUAUGCAGUCUCUCACCAGAUCCAAAUGAAUUUCAAAUCCUCACUCCAGGCCACUUUCUUAUAAGCGAGCCGCUAGUUGCUCUACCACAGGCAGAUUUCUCCACCACUCCUUCUAAUCAACUAUCCAGAUGGCAAUUGAUCCAACAAGCCCAAAAAUCAUUUUGGAAUACCUGGAGUCGAGAAUACUUGCACCAACUCCAGCAGAGGUACAAGUGGAAUCUAAAACAACCUAACCUGAAGAUUGACGAUCUCGUCUUAAUUAAAGACAAAAAUUUGCCUCCUUUGAAAUGGACCGCUGCUCGAGUCAUUGCAACGCAUCCUGGUAAAGACGGCAUCGUCCGGGUCGUCUCCCUCAAAACUCCAACCGGACAGCUUCAGAGGCCAGUAGUUCAACUGUGUCCUCUACCGCUAGAAUAA